GAGCCUUAGUUCCGUCCUCUUCCGUCGCCGUCCCCAGUGAAGCAGGUGACAACGCGGAGGAGUGGGUCGGUUUCUUUCCUCUUUCCUUUCUCUUUAUUUUAUUGUACACAAAGGAGAAAAAGAUUAGAACCCAAUAACGGUUCCGACGAUUAGAUUACGAGUUUGAUUCGAUCGAUAGGGAUUGGAAAUCGCCAUGUCGAUGCUCGAUUCCUUCUUCAGCAAGGGCGCGUUCAAGGGUUCUAAAUGCAAAACGUUGUUGAAAUUGACGAUUCCGAGGAUAAAAUUGCUGCGGAAUCGAAGGGAGAUUCAGCUGAAGCAGAUGCGCAAGGAUAUAGCGAAGCUUCUGGAGAGUGGGCAGGAGGCGACCGCUCGGAUAAGGGUGGAACAUAUAAUCAGGGAGGAGAACAUGAUGGCGGCACAGGAGAUUCUUGAAUUGUUUUGUGAACUCAUUGCUGUUCGGCUUCCCAUAAUUGAAACACAAAAAGAAUGCCCUCUAGACCUUAAAGAAGCAAUAUCCAGCAUCUGUUUUGCUGCACCGAGAUGUGCGGAUCUUCCUGAACUUCAGCAAGUCCAGAUGCUAUUCGCUGCCAAAUAUGGCAAGGAAUUUGUUACAGCUGCCACCGAACUUUUGCCAGAUUGUGGAGUCAAUCGCCAGAUAAUUGAAUUAUUGUCGGUUCGUGCACCUUCUGUGGAAGCAAAAUUGAAAUUACUGAAGGAGAUAGCCGAAGAGCACGAAUUAGAUUGGGACCCAUCAGCCACAGAAACGGAAUUUCUUAAACCCCAUGAAGAUCUCUUGAAUGGACCGACUCAAUUUACCAAUGGUUCCACAUUGUCGCUGCCCAAAGAGAAACAUGAAGAUACAUUAGCUCCCAAAACUAUGGAUGAGUCGCAUGAUGAACCCGAUUCAGAUGUGGGCUUUGAUUCGUUAGAUUUGCCUGAGGUUCCAAAAGUUUUAGUCCAACCAAAUUCUGACAUUCAAUCUGCUCAAAAAAUGGCUCCGCAUUUUCCUGCCUCUCCUUCAGUGGAUUCUGAGCUUGGCCAUGAGGUCUCUGGAUCUACUCAAUUUGGUGGAGAUUUUGGAAAUGAAAACAAACAGUUCAUCCCUUUCAUGUCUCCCCCAUCAUUUUCUUCAGCCCCUAUCAAGCAAAUAAAUCCAGAACCAUGGUCACCACCGUAUUCAUCUCCUUCAACAAAGCAAAGUGAGCCAGAAUCUUCACCGCCAUCAUUUUCUUCUAUAUCUCAGACCCCAAAGCUAAGCGAGCCAUUUGAUCCAACUUCCUUGAAAGAAAAAGGGAAACAAGCUUCAUCUCCUUCUCGAACUAAGAGUGGGGCCAAUGUAGACUUGCAAGAUGUAUUGGCUGCUGCACGCACGGCUGCUGAGACCGCUGAACGAGCUGCAACAGCUGCUCGUGCUGCUGCGAAUCUUGCACAGAUUAGAAUCUCCGAUCUUGUAGCAAAGAGACACACAGGGGUUUCUGAUGGUCAAGAUGGUGAACUCCAGAGUGAGUAUUCUCAUCGAGUGGAGAAGAUGGAGAAACCAGUAUUUGACAAACAAGAUUCAUUUUCCCAUGUUGAAGGUGAUGCUGAUUACAAACUGAAGUUGCACGACGUGCCAGAGAUCACAAGCGAAUCAUUUAGUCCAAAGGAGCAAGUGUCUGAGUUCCAUCCAUCUCAUGCCCCGCAACGACUGGGAUCUUUGGAGGAUGACCCCUAUUUCUCCUACCCCAACCUCUUUACAUCUCAAGGAUCCAAACCUUGAUUCAGUGUAUUCUCACAUGGGGUAGAAAUCAAGGGCCCUCUCAUUUAUAAAGAGAUUGAAGAACGCCAUUUAUGUUUGCAUUUGCACUUGUUUCAAGCAGCCCUACCUGCGGUGUGGAGAUUCACAAGUAUGAGUUCUAUACCUAUUACGUAAUCUGCUGCUGUUAAAAUUAUAGUUUGUGCUUGUGGAUGCGUUAUCUCUUAUAUAUAUUUUGUAAAUUUAUGACCUGAUAGCUAGACCUUCUCUUUGGAUGUAAUGAAUGCAAAUAAAUUACAUAGAACGGUUUUGCUUUCCU